CACUACGACGAGGAGGAGGAGGAGGACGACGAGGAUGACGAAGACAGCGAGGAGGACUCUGAGGACGACGAGGACAUGCAGGAUAUGGACGAGAUGAAUGAUUAUAACGAGUCUCCUGAUGACGGGGAGAUCAAUGAGGUGGACAUGGAAGGGGCAGAGCAGGAUCAAGACCAGUGGAUGAUCUGAUCCUGCCGCAUCCCGACCAAGCCAGAGGCCGGGAAGUCGGAGGAGGCGGGACGGAUGUCCUGCCUGAGCAGCUGGCCCUGGGCCAGGCUCUGGGGUCCUGGAGGACCCUGGGGUAUGGUUUACUGACGCUUCCCCUUCUGCUGCCGCGUCUCGUUGCCUCUCUGAGGGCUGCGUGGAACAGACAGACUCGGCACGAAGGUGCCCGCUGGGGCCGGAGCGAUGCUUCGGCUCCUGCUCCGGGCGCUGAGACGACGCUGGUGAACGCACAGCUCUGCCCAGGGCAGCCGAGGGGCAGAGCGAUCACGUGAAUGUUGCAUAUUUUCUA